AUGUGGAAGUCUUCCUCAAGUUUUAUAGAGAUUGUUCAACAGCAAUGGAAUCAACAGGUUCAUGGAAGUAAGAUAUUAUGUUUAGUCACCAGGUUGAAGAAAGUUAAAAUAGCUUUGAAAGAGAUUAACAAGAAGGGGUUUUCAAAUGUUCAAGAAGCAAACUUAAAAGAAAAUCAGGCCAUGAUUAAAGAUGGAGAUGAGAACACUACUUUGUUUCAUCAGAGCAUUAAGAGUAGAAAUGUUCAGAAUCAAGUGUAUAGUAUUCAUGGUAUGGUUGGUGUUUGGGGAGAUACCCCUGCUUCUGUGUCAAAUGCUUUUUCGGAAUACUAUGUUGACCUUUUGGGAAAGACUCACGAUCACAUGUCACCAACGGUCAAAGAGGUUGUUCAAGAUGGCCCUGUGGUUACAAAUCAACACAGAGUAAUCUUAAAUGCACCAUAUACUAGAGAUGAGGUGAAACAAGCUCUUUUUUCUAUUCCUGGGGUUAAAGCUCAUGAACCUGAUGGGGUUGGCUCUUUUUCCAAUAGAGAUGCUUGGCAUAUUGUGGAGAAUGAUGUAGUGGAUGCUGUUUUAGAUGUUUUAAAUCAUGGUAAGUUUUUAAAAGAGCUUAAUCAUACUGUCAUUGCUCUGAUUCCUAAGACUAAAUGUCCACAGAAUGUGAGUGAUUUCAGACCCAUAUCUUAUUGUAAUACAUUAUACAAGUGUAUUACUAAGGUGAUUUGUGGGAGAUUAAGGUUAAUUCUGCCUGAUUUGAUUUUAGGGAAUCAAGGGGGCUUUGUUCAUGGCAAAUACAUUGCCUAUAACAUUAUGGUAAUCCAAGAUCCGGUGAAGCAUUAUGGGAGGAAAAGUGUAAAGCCUAGUUGCUUAUUGAAAGUGGAUCUGCUUAUGAUACUGUGA